AUGAAGAUCAUCUCCAUCGCCGCUGCUGUCCUCGCUGUUGCCAUUGCAGCUGUCCAAGCUGUCCCUGUUCCUGAUGGCGGCCUCGUCAACGCUAUCAUCAAGGACAACAAAGUCAAUGCCAAGGUGCCUAUCGAUGUCGAUGCCCACAAUCUCAAGGUCUUAAGCUCCAAGCGUGGUCUCGUCAACGCUGUCGUCAAGGACAACAAAGUCGAUGUCAAGGUGCCUGUCAAAGUCGACGCCCACAAUGCCAAUAUUCUCAAGCGCCACACUGUCAACACGGAAGUCAAGAAAAACAAAGUCAAUGUCAAGGCGCCUAUCGAUGUCGAUGCCCAUAAUAUCAAGGUCUUAAGCUCCAAGCGUGGUCUCGUCAACGCUGUCGUCAAGGACAACAAAGUCGAUGUCAAGGUGCCUGUCAAAGUCGACGCCCACAAUGCCAAGAUUCUCAAGCGCCACACUGUCAACACGGAAGUCAAGAACAACAAAGUCAAUGUCAAGGCGCCUAUCGAUGUCGAUGCCCACAAUAUCAAGGUCUUAAGCUCCAAGCGUGGUCUCGUCAACGCUGUCGUCAAGGACAACAAAGUCGAUGUCAAGGUGCCUGUCAAAGUCGACGCCCACAAUGCCAAGGUUCUCAAGCGCCACACUGUCAACACGGAAGUCAAGAACAACAAAGUCAAUGUCAAUGCGCCUAUCGAUGUCGAUGCCCACAAUCUCAAGGUCCUGUAA